AUGCCCGUCUACAUGCUCUACGGCUUUCGCUGGCCGCGCGCCGGCUUUACCGGCAUCCGCGUAUACAUUGUUCUCCACAACCUGGAAGACGCAACAGCCGAAUACCUCCAACAACCCCUAACCAGCGAACUGGUCAUGGAAUCGCUCAAAAAGACCGAACCCAGCAUCGUCUCCCGCCUACCUAACCUCCGUUUCAUCGAGCAAUACGACCCCGAAGACACAAGCGACGACGCAGUUAGCAAGCCCUACGCCUACGUCGGUGGGAAAGUCAUCUCCAUCCCCGAGGAUGUCGGUCCUACUCCCGAGACGAGCUGGAAGCCAGAGGACAUAUUUAAGGAGGAGCCGUUGGAGAAGGACGCCAUGGAGGCUCUGACGGAGUUUCGGGAUAAGUAUGCGGCGGGAGAGCGCAUUGGCUGGUGGAUUGUGUAUAACGGCGAUCCGGAGAGGUGGUUCCCUCACGAUGAGGAAGAUGGGGAUAGUUUCGAUGAUGGGUAUGAUGAGGAGGGGAGCUAUGCCGAUGGUGGAGAGUAUGAGAGUGAUCAGACGCAGACGCCGCCGGAGACGCCUUCUUCUGCUACGAUGCGAUUCCCCGAACGGUUGACUCGAUUGUUUGCUAGGCGAACAGCUUAA